CUUAAUAAAAAGUUGAGAAAAUAUCGCCAACAAGAACAAACAAACGCUCUUCUAUUUGUUUGUUUUUUUUAUCAUUUUUUCAAGUUUCCAGAAAGAAGAUAGGAAGCAAAAGAAAUCGAAAGGUAAUCAUUCGAACAAGGUAUUGCAUCCAUUCAAAAUAGUUCAUGGACCGGUGGUCAGGUAAAAGAGCCAUUGAGGCGCGACCUGACUCCAAGAAGGGAGCUGGUGUUGUCCUGAGAGACAGAGGAUUCAACAGCAAUAUUUGCAGUGAUGAGAAAAAAUCAAAGAAGUUCACUCGGUUUGUUGGCUCUUCAUACAAGAAAGAGAAAGCAGUUUGGUCUUCAGCUUCAAGCCGCUCUUUCCCAAACGGGAAGGAAGUCGUUGGAACUUCCUCUAAGAUUCCCGUCUCUUCUAGUAGCUCCUCUUCUGUUAAAAAUGAGAAGCAGCCUCAGAUAGUAACGGAUUCAUCAGAGAGCAGCAAAGGCAGCGAGGACGAGAGAGAGAGAGAGAUCUUGGUAGUGGAAUCCUCAGAUUUGCCGUCAAGCUCGAGAGUCAAGAAAGGUUUAAGGGAGAGAUUUGGGCUGAGCAAGCAAGAGUUUCGUCCUGGUCCUUCAACAAACCGAGGGUGCAGCCCGUUGUUAAGUGGUUUUGGAUUGGAGAAAAGACUCGGUGGGAAGAAGAUAGAUACGAUCAGUAAGAGAAGAGUUUAUGGAGAAAGCAGCAGCUCUAGCUCCUCUUCAGCUAGAGGAAAAAAGAUAGUGGCAGAGCUACCUGCUGAAGAGAGACGUGGGGCAAGACACUGCAUUCUGAAUGAGGACAACGGUGGUGUUGCUUCAGUUGGAGGUCAGAGAUCAUCAUCAGUAAACAGAGGUAAUAAUAGCCGUAUUAGAUUCUCAAACCGAGGGAGUGGUAGAAAUGGUUUAUCCUCUAUUACAACAAGAGAGAUGUCUCAGACUGAAACAUCAUCAUCAAACAAUCUCAAUUCUCCAGUCUCUUUGGAGCUCUUCUCUGGUUUCCCGGACUUUGGUUCUUUAUCGAGUCAAGACAGUUUUCGCAAUUACAAUUUAGAUGGGAUCUCUGAGAUUUUGCCAGAACUUGAUAGGAUUGAGCAAGACAUUGAGCUUAAUUACGAGGAACUGCUUAUCAUGGAGACAGGUUUACUUCUCGGUGGACUAAGUUUCUAUGACCAACACCGUGACAUGAGGCUAGACAUUGAUAACAUGUCCUAUGAGGAACUAUUAGCUUUAGAAGAGAGAAUUGGUACUGUAAGCACUGCUCUCACAGAAGAAGCUAUAUCAAAGAGCUUGAAAACAAGCAUCUAUCAGAUAAAACCUGAUCACAAGGAAGAUGCCAAAUGCAGCAUCUGCCAGGAAGAGUAUACAAUAGGUGAUGAAGUUGGAAGGCUACACUGUGAGCACGCAUACCACUUGAAAUGUGUGCAAGAAUGGUUGCGGAUGAAGAGUUGGUGCCCAAUCUGCAAAACAGCUGCAGACACCUCUUCCUCUAAGUAAACCGUCUUCUUCCUCCUGGUUUCGUGAUAGUAUUUAUUUCAUCCAAAGCUUGUGAACAACAAUGGAACCCGCCUAAAAAAGGGCCUCAGCAUUUCCUUUGUGUACAUACAGAUUCACACUGGCUUUAUCUCUCUCUCUCUCUUUUGCAUGUGUUCUCUCCAUCUCUUUUGUUUAACGACACAACUCUCCUGUGUUUUUCUUCCGCUUUUCGCAUGUUUCCUGUUUACUCAGUAAUGUAAAGCUGGGAAGGUAGAAAAAGAUGUCAUUUGAAGAACAAAGAUUUCAUCAUACAUUCUUAGUCUCGGUAAAUGUAAAAAAAAAUGUAAAAGUGAUGUCAAAGUGUUUUCAAGAAAUGAAUAUAAGACUAUUAUGUUACAUACAA